AUGGUGAACUUACCUGCGCAUGGUGAAGAACCCCCCGUCGAGAAUGACUUUGCAGAGACAGCAAAUCAGGAAAUGGACUCACCGAAUCCAACUCCUGAGAAUGAAUCCAGCCCUUCACCCCCAAACACCGACCCACUGACCACCCCUACAGAGAACGGACAGUUCACAUCGCCAACUUGCGACAUGAAGUCACCGACAGACGACGCAAUUAAAACUCUAACAGGGAGUCUGCUGGAGCAAUUGAAAAUGAACCGAUUGCCCCCACCUGAACCAAUCGUCUUCUCCGGUGAUCCCAUGCAGUACAUCACAUGGAAACAAGGCUACGACAUUCUCAUCGAGCACCGUGGUGUACACGUACCCCCAGCCGAACGUUUCUUCUACCUGAAGAAAUAUCUCAAGGGCGAGGCACUAGACCUAGUGCGUGGCUUCUCCCUUGUCAACGAUGAAUCCGCAUACAAAGAAGCGAAGAGGGCUCUUGACAAACGAUACGGUGAUCCCUUCAUAGUGUCCAAUGCAUUUCGAGACAAGCUGGACUCGUGGCCGACUGUGGCCCCAAAGAUGCAUUCGGACUGA